AUGGUAGAUGCCACUCGAAUAACUCCUCGCCAGAUUUGGGCGGACCCGACUUCCACCACUGCCAUAACAUAUACUUCAGGGUGCACGCCAUUCGUCUUACCCAGUAAUGGAAUUAUUCAUGUGAAUCAAUCAUACGCUUUGAGUCUCACGGGAAAUGCCAUCUAUGAACCCAUCUGCACCGGUGACCCUGAAUCUUUCAAUCAUGUCUCGCCCGUACUCGACACCCGCGACCCGUUCUAUUCCUCUGUGGCCCCUCAAUUAUUCACCAUCGGCUGCGCAACAGUCAUCAGCUAUGUCCUCGUCAUUAUUCUCCUCAUCACUCCUCGAACUUUCUAUGUUGGUGGCCCUGGUGGUGGAGCAAAUUUCUUGGGUCGACAUGGGAUGAUGAGUGGUUCAUACGGCGGGAAUUCUUCCGUUAUUGGAGUUGGUGGUCGGCCCUGGCUUCAGGUGGUGGCCGCGUGUCUGGUUGCGAUCGCAUUGACUAUCGCGACCUUUGACUCUUUCAAAGUCGCAGAGUCUCAAUUCUUAUUCGGAUACUCGGAUGCCGAAACUCUCUCACAACAAGUUAUUGACGGGCUGGAGAUCAGGAUUGUCCGCGUCAUUUCGAGCACUUUUCUUUGGUUGGCGCAGGUUCAGACGCUGAUUCGACUGUUUCCGCGGCACAAGGAGAAAGUUAUGAUCAAAUGGGCUGGAUUCGCACUUAUUGUGCUGGAUACGACGUUCAGUAUCUUGGAGAAUUUCUUUUACAGAAAUACGUCCACAAGGCCGAGAUCCUAUAACGACGCGAUCCCAGCUCUGAGCUAUCUGUUUGAAUUGGCCCUCAACCUGCUCUAUGCUGCAUGGGUUAUUUUUUACUCAAUUUCAAAGCACCGCUAUGCCUUUUUCCACCCGAAGAUGCGCAACAUCUGUUUCGUGGCUCUAUUAUCACUAGUAGCAGUCUUGAUUCCGGUUGUGUUUUUCGUUAUGGAUAUUGCACGACCGGAGAUCGCUGGCUGGGGUACCUAUAUCAGAUGGGUCGGCUCGGCUGCAGCGAGUGUGGUGGUAUGGGAAUGGGUGGAACGCAUAGAAGCUCUCGAGCGUGAUGAAAAUAAAGAUGGCAUUUUGGGGCGAGAAGUCUUCGAUGGCGAUGAAAUGCUUGAUGUCACUCCGUCAGAGGAAGUUGACUGGCCGCGCUACUCCAGUGGAGAUAGUAAAGGGGGUACAGGUGGUGCGUCUUCGGGAUGGGGUGGUGUCAUGAAUCUUGCCCAUCGUCCUCGAAGGACCAGAGUUGGCAUUCCGCUUAGUCGGAAUCGUGGCGCAGGGGUUACGGGACAAAACACAAAAAGUGCCGCUGCGGCUCGCUAUGUCACUCCUCCGACUGCUACAACCACCCCAGUCAGUCGAACUGACACUAAUAGUGCUGCAAGCACUGUUUAUAACGUUCGAUAUCACCCCGUCGCCAGCCCUACGCCCCCUGUGGUGAUGCCGCAAAUGGAAGAGGAGGAUGAAAUGGAGGAGCCAAAGGAGAUCGAGAUCGAUGGUCGAAAACUUUCUAAUGUCACGGAACACAGACUUUUCACAUCAGAUCCCAGUGAACAGUCACCACAAAUCGCCCAGGCUGAUCCUCGCUGGCGAACUCUAUUCAACUCUUUCAGGCCACGACGCGCAUCUCUACCCAAGGAAGUUGCCUCUGCCCAAGCUGGUGAUGAGCUCGCAGAACAUCAUGAUGAGUCUGACAUGCCUCUGGAUGGUGGUGAGUAUGAGCAUGAGUAUGAACAUAAGCAAUAUAUUAUCCAGCCGAGAAGCUACAAUAAAUUCCUCCCGUUCCACCGAGGUGUAUCCGGUUCAGGGUCUUACAAUGGCGAUACGACUUUACCCGUCACUGUAAUCCCGGCUCGCCGGCGUGGUCAACACACGUGGUUACCUCAGAAUAGGCUUCUAGAGCAGUCUGCAUCUCAUGAAACACGACCUGGCCGCUCUGACCUACCUGUCAGAAUCAUCCCUUCACAACCGCAGGCCUCUGCUCCAUGGAGUGAUUUGAAUCUUGAGAACGGAAAUGGAAACUACGUUCUCCGAUACGACCCAGAUUCAGCGGCUUUGAUCAACGAGCAUGUGAGCCGUUCUCAUACUAGCCAAUCUGUUAAUGAUGAUGGAGAUCAAGCUAGUUCGACCGCCUCCACAGUUUCAGAGGAAAUAGUCGAAACUAUGCCUGAACAGGUCAAUUCUCAUCACCAGAGUGGGUCUGAUACCGCCCCACUGCCGUCUAACAACCACGCGCAGCCUCUUAACGGCGAUGAAAGUUCUUUAUGA